AUGAAAACGCGCAGAUUUUACAACAUGAUAAAGGGCUCAAAUGGACUCAAUCAACCUUUGAAUUCGAACGUUCAACCUCUCACUUCUAAUAAGAUCAAAGUCAAAAAGAGAAAGAUCUCUGACCCGAAGCACAUUACUGACAAAGACGAAGUCUGCACAGAGCUUCGUACAACAAAGCGAACAGCACUGAAGAAAAAGAAGUUACCUGACGACGCUUCUAUUCUGAAAGAUAUCGCAUCUGGCCAGUCUUCCAAGAGAAGGAAGCUCAACGGCCAACCGGACAAGAUGGCUCAUUUCUCCCCUGGACUCGUCGUUCCUGAUCCAGUUGAAGAGACAAAGAAUAAAAGUGUCAGUACAAAUGCAUGGCACCAGGCGAGAUCACUGUUAGAGGCCGGCCUUUGUAUACUGGGUUCCACGAGCGAUGUCUUGACGGUCAUGCAUUAUAACAGACUGUCUUCUCCUGAAUCACCUGGGAAUCUAUCUUCGCCAAAAUAUUCAGGGAGCACCACAAUUGAUAAUGAGAAAACCAUGGCGUCAAAGCAGCUUGUGGUCCGGAAGAGAAGCCAUUCUCCUAAUGCAGUCCUUUUUAUGCCCCAGAUAAAAGAAGAGAUAUUUGAUGAUUCAGAUUUCCGUGUCUCACAGAAUAGAGAUACGACUGUUGCCUUUAGCCUUUCUGUAGAGAAGACCAGGCGCUGGACUGACGCAAUUGACAUCCCUGAAGGUCUUUACAACGAGGAAGAGAAAGAUCUUUUUUUCCGGCUCGCCAUGCGUGGAUUUGAGCCCCUCAUACCAGAGAAAUGGAGACCAGACUUCCCUACGCUUCCAUAUACCCUAUUUUCUAAUCCAGAGGGCAAUUCAGAGCCACUAAUCCACACCUUUAAAAGCUCCAAGACUUAUGCAAUCAGGUCUCUCGCAGCUUUAUUUUCUCUUGGGGGUCGUGUGAGGGACUGUAGGGUUCUGAAGAAGGGUCCCGAGAUCUUGAUCAAAACCACCAUCAGCCAAUAUUUUCGCUGGGCCUUACGUGAUACUGACAUACAUACAAGAGCAGAUGCAAUCCCCGUACAUGCCAUUUAUGCCCAGAAGAAAGGGGAAACCACACUUGAUGCCGUUAAAAAGCUGAACCGGCGCCUACAACUACUCGCCAGCCGGCACCGCGAAGCGUUGAAUGUGGCAGCCCUAGACAGAGGUCAUGGUUCGAUUAAUCUUCAGCCCAGCGGAACAGACGAUGGCCACUCUAGUCCCUCUCAAAUUUAUCCACUCCUCAUUGGAGUUAUCAUAUGUGGCCCUAUCAUUGCAAUCCUAACUCUCGGCACUGACCACUUAGGCACACCUAGUGAUACCGACAGCAAAUACAUCUGCCAGUUUGACUUGGGAGAUGCAGGACAUGAUGUCUGGAAUUCACUUGCGAUCGCUAUCACUGUCAUGAAAAUCCGGGAAACCAUGAUGCAACUCGCAGAUAAUGGGCUAGCUGGUUUCUUUAGGCUUCCUCUGCGCACAGAGUCAACCCCGGAUGUGGAUAUCUAA